UAGUUUGUUUAAUCAAAUUCAAGUUUUUAUUGAUUAAAAAAUAAAAAUAAAAGGAAAAAAAAUGUGCAUUGAACAAAAAAACAAGUUUAACACAACAUGAAGUCGGUUCGACUUGUGGGUUUCUCAAAUUGCCAGCCAACCGUUCCUUAAACCAAGAUCAUCAUCAUCUAAUCUGCAUAGUGUCGUGGUCUCCGUGGACAAAUUUAAAAAUUAAAAAAAGUGCGAAAUUUUUUUUUUUUACUUUUUUGUAUCAAACAACAUUAUGAAUCAGCAUUCUUCGACUAAGCUAGGCCUGAUUCGAAAAACAAAAUAACAACGUUAAGAGUGCAGUAUUACACCUGCGGGCGGAUGGAAAGAUUUGGUGUUUUUUUUUGUAUCUUAUAUUCGUAUUGCUCGCUUGUGUGGUCAGUAGUAGCAAGUGCUGUUGGGGAUACUGCCUGACACAGAUUACGUUACAUCUUCGCCCAGAAAUCAUUUAUAUUAAAAUAAAAACCGCGCACGCAGGUGAAAGUUUAAUCAUUUCGAUUUUUUUAAUAAAAUUGUGUUUACUGCAUUUUUUAAUUUGAAAAUAAUCGUACAUAAAAUAUCAAAUAAAACAAAAACAAAUAUAAAAAUACUUACACCAGCUGAAAUUGUUAAUAUCUUAAAACAAACAGUACUAAAGCCUUAAAAAUGGAACAAUGGUAUUACGUACUUUAAUAGUGAAUACCAAAAGUAACUUCAAAAUAUCGCUUAAAAAAAUGCAAACAAAAUUUAGUAGAUUAUUUUAAACACAACCAAAGGAAAAACAAUAGAUCUUCGUGAUUAAAUAUUUACUAUUGAUUUUAAUGUAUCACCUCCUUUUGGCUGAAAAAAAAAAAACAAAUAUGAUAUAAAAGGGUACACAUUUUUGAAACAAAAAUUAGUAGAAUAAUAAAAAAAGAACACAGCAUCACCAUUUCUUAACAAAAGAAACAAAAUAAAAACAACAUACAAAAUAAGAAGAUUUAAAAAAAAUGAAAUAAGAAAGAAAUAUGUGUUGUUCAAAAAAAUAAUACGUUCUCAGAUACAAAAAAUAUAUUGUAUCUCAAUUUUAGUCUGCAUUUCGUUAUGAUGCGAAGCUAAUUAAUUUUCAAAAACGAUAAAAAAUUGUGAUAUCUCUUAGUGCAUUUAAAAUAAUUAAAUAUUUUUCUGUGAUUUAUAUUUAAAAUAUCAAAUAAUAUAAAAUGUUGUUGGGACUUCCUUUCAACAACCCGGGAAGUGUUUUUUGUAAAAACUAUCGCCAGCAAUUGGCCUCAACCCUUAUAGUUAAUUUAAUAACAUUGAGCCAUGGCAUCGCGUAUGCAUGGGUCUCACCGAUGCUUUUCAAAUUGCAGUCAGAUGACUCUCCGUUGGAGUUUAGAAUCUCGGUAGAAGAGGCUUCGUGGAUUGGAGGCCUAACCGGUAUUGGAGGAUUGGCUGGGAAUGUAAUUUUUGGCAUCCUUCUGGAUAGCAUUGGCCGCAAGCUAUGCAUAUAUCUUGUCGCCUUGCCACACAUAGGUUUUUGGAUUAUGGUUUAUUUCGCCACUGAUGUCUCGCACCUUUAUAUGGCCCGCUUAUUUGGAGGCUUUGCAGGAGGAGGCAUUUACGUUCUCAUUCCAAUUUUCGUAUCAGAAAUUGCUGACGCCAAGGUCCGCGGUAGACUUGGAUCUCUUUUCUGCUUUUCACUUAAUGUGGGCAUACUUUCGGGCUACAUAAUUGCAUCACAUAUUCCGUAUUUGGUGAUUCCAUGCUUAGUCGUGAUUCUACCAAUACUUUAUCUCUUACUGGCAAUACACUUUCCUGAGACACCUCAGCACUUAUUGCACAAAGGAUUAGUUGAUGACGCUGAAAAGUCCCUGAAGUUUUACAAGAACUACCAAGGAAGCAGCAAAAUAAACGAUCAAAAAUUCAGCACUGACUUUAACGAACUUAAACUAUCUGUGCAAUGUACGGAUGAUAAAAAGGAAGUUUCUUAUAAGGAUUUUUUGUCAAAGAGGUCUUUAAAAGCAUUGUGCAGUGGAGUAGUUCUGGCUUUUGUUAACAGCUCAUCCGGAGUUUUUGUUAUCCUUAACUAUUCGUCAAUGAUUUUUGCCGAAACUCACUCCACAAUGGACCCAAAUACAAAUACUAUUAUAAUUGGGGCAGUGCAAAUUGUUGGGUCAUAUUGCGCUACUGUCUUAGUUGACCGUCAUGGGAGGAAGAUAUUAAUGCUCCUAUCUACUAGUGGAAUGUUUCUUGGUUUAACCACAAUUGGAGCGUACUCAUACUUUGCGGACACAAUCGAUUUGACAUCAAUGUCAUGGCUGCCAGUCGUUAUAAUAUCAUUUGUCAUAUUUUCGGCAAAUAUUGGUGUAGUUGCUGUUACGUUUGUGCUUUUGGUCGAGGUUCUUCCUCCAAAGAUUCGUUCUUUGGGGUCAACAUUCUGCUUGGUCCUCAUGAGUGUGUUUGUGUUCACGGUUCUGAAACUAUUUCCUAUUUUGAUGGUAAUCAUUGGUCUGGCGGGAGUCAUGUGGAUUUGUGCUUCAAUAUCAGGAUUUGGAUUUUUGUAUGUUUUAUUAUUUUUACGAGAAACAAAAGGAAAGUCACUGGACGAUGAUAACGCUUAUGAUUAAUAAAUAUACAAUAAAAUCAUAGUGCACUUAAAUGUUAUGAGAUUGAUACGAGUAAAUUAUACCAAAAGCUCUUUAAAUUAUUUAAGGAAUUGACAAAAACAAA